GUGCCAUCUGGCGGUUUUCAUGAGUACUGCAGCCAGAAGACAAACCAACAUGGCCGCCUCCAUGUCGUCAGUCGCACGCUUGGCACGACUUCGGUCCUGUUUCACCGUUUCUACGCGGGCAGUCAGCUACUGUAAUGGACACACGGUUGGCCGAGUCAAUGGUAAAGCUGUGAACUGCAGAAGUCUGAGACCCCCUCAACAGUUUCCUGACUAUCUGAGACUCCGACAUGUCCACAGCAGGGCACUCCACACUGGAUACAGAUUAUUAUCUGAGAGUCCAGCUGCUGAAGCUGAGGAGGCCGACCUUCACAACAUAAUCAAGGACACAGAAAAGGUCACAGGAUCCGGGGAGCAGCACAGUUUCCAGGCUGAGACCCUGAAGCUGCUGGAUAUCGUAGCCAAGUCGCUCUACUCUGACAAAGAGGUUUUCGUCAGGGAGCUCAUAUCCAAUGCCAGUGAUGCUUUAGAGAAGCUGCGGUACCUGUCCUUGACACAAGGGGGCAGCAGUGAGCUGGCGGUGCCCCUGGAGAUUCACCUGGGCACCGACCUGGUGCAGGGCACCUUCACCAUCCAGGACACCGGCGUUGGACUCACGCAGGAGGAAAUCAUCGAGAACCUCGGGACCAUUGCGCGAUCUGGGUCAAAGGCGUUCUUGAGUGAGCUGGAUAACCGCGGCCAGUCCUCGUCAGCGGCCAGCAGCAUCAUCGGCCAGUUUGGUGUGGGGUUCUACUCCACCUUCAUGGUGGGGGACAAGGUCCAGGUCUUCACACGCUCACACCAACCGGACAGUCCCGGGUACUGCUGGACAUCUGAUGGCUCUGGUUCUUACGAGCUUGCGGAGGCGGAAGGCGUUCAGCUUGGUACCAAGAUCGUGGUCCACCUGAAGAAGGAGUGUAUGCAGUUUGCACGGGAGGACGACAUCAAAGAAAUCGUGACCAAGUACAGUAACUUUGUGAACUGCCCCAUCUACCUGAAUGGGAAACGGCUCAACACUGUAGAGGCCCUGUGGAUGCUCGAUGCCAAGAACGUAACCGAUGAACAACAUGAGGAGUUUUACCGUUUCCUGGCCAACGCUUACGACAGUCCGCGCUACCGGCUGCAGUACCAGACUGACGCUCCACUCAACAUUCGCAGCCUUUUCUACAUCCCUGCGCACAAGCCAACAAUGUGGGACAUGAGCAGACAGGAAGGCCUGGGAGGAGUAGCCCUGUACAGCCGGAGGGUGCUCAUCCAGCCCAAGGCUGAAACCAUCCUGCCAAAAUGGCUGCGCUUUGUGAAAGGUGUGGUAGACAGUGAGGACAUCCCCCUGAACCUGAGUAGGGAGCUGCUGCAGGACAGUGCACUCAUCAGGAAGAUCCGUAGCGUCCUGACCAGCAGGAUUGUGAAGUUUCUGGGUGACCAGGCGCGGAGGGACGCCGUUAAGUACCAGAGAUUCGUGGAGGAUUAUGGGUUCUACCUGAGGGAGGGAAUCGUCUCCACUGAGGACCAGGAUGAGAGGGAGUCCAUCGCGAAGCUGCUGAGGUUUGAGUCCAGUGCGGAGCCAGAAGGAACGCUGGUGGGAAUCGAGGAAUACUGUAAGCGGAUGCGGCCCGGCCAGAGGAACAUCUACUACUUCUCAGCACCCAGCCGGCAGCUGGCCGAGACUUCACCGUACUUCGAAGCACUGAAGAAAAAGGACAUUGAGGUGCUGUUCUGCUAUGAGCAGUACGAUGAGUUAGUCCUGCUGCAGCUGCGCCAGUUCCAGAGGCUGAACCUGAAGUCCAUUGAGAACGAGGUUCUGGAGAGCGACAAAACCGAGGAGACUCAGGAGGACAGCAAAGUAACCCUGAGCCCCAGUAAGGCGGAUGCCCUGAUGGACUGGAUGAGAUCAGCACUUGGGGAGAAAGUCACCAACAUCAAGGUGAGCACGCGUCUGGAGUCCCACCCUGCCAUGGUGACAGUGAUGGAGAUGGGCGCGGCGCGGCACUACCUCCGCACGGCCUUCGCUGGACAGUCCGAGGCUGAGAGGUGGAAGUUCCUCCAGCCUACCCUGGAGAUCAACAGCAGCCAUCCGAUCAUGUUGAAGUUGUCUGAGCUGAAGUCCAGCGACCCUGAGCUGGCACGACUGGUAGCUGAACAGGUGUACGACAACGCCCUGGUGGCUGCCGGUCUGAUUGAGGAUCCCCGCUCCAUGCUGAACAGACUAAACGAGCUGCUGACAAGAACUUUGGACAAACACUGACCUUUAACACUGGAUAAACUGUGACCCCUGAACCUUCUACAGACACUGACCUCUGAACCCUUGUCCUUAUUUCAAAUAUUGUCCCAGCUCUUCCUAUGGUAUUAGAUACAGUGUAUGUCUUUAGAUACAAGAAAAUUAGAAUAGCCUUAGUAUUUAGUACUACAUGUAUGGCAGUGAAUGUGGACAUUAUGUACAGAGUACUGGACAAACACUG